GUCGGCGUGACGUCACGGGCAAGUUAAAUGGCUUAGCAAGAACCUGGGCUUCGUAUAAGCGCAACGUAGCGGCGAUCUGUGUGGAUUUAUUUCGUGUUAUUUCGCCGGCGCCCGAGUUGGAUCGGCCAUGGGGAACCUUUUCACGAGGAUCAUGAGCAUUUUCGGCAACCAGGAGCACAAGGUUAUCAUUGUGGGACUGGACAAUGCUGGGAAGACCACUAUCCUUUAUCAAUUCCUCAUGAAUGAAGUUGUGCAUACGGCCCCGACCAUUGGAAGUAACGUGGAGGAGAUCAUUUCCAGGAACACCCACUUCCUCAUGUGGGAUAUCGGGGGGCAGGAGACCCUCAGGGCCACUUGGAACAGUUACUACUCCAAUACUGAGUUUGUCAUAUUGGUGAUAGACAGCACUGAUCGUGAGCGACUGCCCGAGACCCGGGAGGAGUUGUACAGGAUGCUGGCGCAUGAGGAACUAAAAGACGCAGCAAUAUUGAUAUUCGCCAACAAACAAGAUGUAAAGGACUCCAUGACGGCGUCCGAAAUCUCCUCUUCCCUGGCACUUGGCGCCAUCCGAGAUCGAGCUUGGCAUAUCCAGGGCUGCUGUGCCCUUACAGGAGAAGGGUUACCGGCAGGACUCGAUUGGUUAAAAUCUCGGGUCACGGCCAACUGACGCCUCCGAAAGGACCUUUAUUUAUUUCAUCAGCGUCGGACACUUUUUUUUAUACCGAAGUAUUUUUUUAACAUCUCAAACUUUUAUACAGAAGAUCAAUAUUUUUUGUUGUGGAAUGCGCUGUUUCUGCCUCAAGUGGGCGGAGCCUCCUAACGUGCUGGAAAGAACCGACUUACUCAUGAAACGUUUCGGUUCUGUUCCACUUCAUAUUUUCCGCUGACUCGAGCGAGAAGAAUUUCCUGCGGAAGACCAACUGCAAGCACGUUAUGGUUACGGCUUUGCCUCCAUCCGCAUCAACAUUCUGGGCCUCUGUCUCCGUGGAACACUAGUACUAAUGAAAUCUGAACGGGUCGGGAUAUCCACGGGAGUUUCCUAUUGGUAUGGGGGGUGUCGUAUACAUAUCUUUGUGUUCUUCUCUGUUACAUUUCACAAAGUAGGCGGGUCUAAAGUAUUGUUCUAAUGCUUGCACUCUACACAGCAAGCAACAUGGCAUCUCCCACCUCCAUCUAUUAAUGCAACUCUCAUUCUGUACAUACUUUAUGGUUCAUGGAUGGGACACCCUACCUCAAAAGUGUUUUACCCACGUGAUUCUCUACAUCCCCUUUCACUUCCCUAUGAAGUUCUCUAUAGGAGAAGAAUCUUCCCAAAAUCUGCAAGCAAAAAGCAUUUCACUUCCUAAUUUGUGCCAAAGUCCUCAGAAAUUUUCUAUUUAUGUUUUGAUGUGAAUUCUGUAAGGGGUUCUUAUGGGCAAAGAGCAACACUUGGUUAUAUUAACUUACCCUUUAAACUGUCACACCGCUCCUGCACCGACUACCUCACUUCCACGUAUAGUCCCGCCUCCCGCUGGCAUGCUCUGGGCUCUCUCUUAAUCUGUCCCCUUUAAAGUUGAUAUAUUUGUUUUAAAAUGUAUUUAAUGUCAAUUCCCAUCCGUCUAACGACCCUCCUGGUUUUAUACUGUGUAUAUAAUAAGCUCUAGAUCCCCUUCAACGGUCUAUUUAUAUUUUUAUAGCUUUAGCUUUGCCUUUUCCUCAACCAGCUAUAGCCUGGCAUCCGCAUGGGUGUUCGAGCGCUGCCAGGAAUCAAAAUGGUGCUACUUGCGUCGUGCGAGAGGAUCUGGCGAGAUUCGCCUGUUCUCUUUCUACUUUUUAAUCGCCAAUGUAAAUAAAGUGUCGAUAGUGUUGGCUGCGCGGUGGCGAGAUUUUUAGUUGUCAAUAAUAAAAUUGUGUUUGUUUUUUUUAUUUUUAAAAA